AUGGCUCAAAGCAUCAUUUCAGACACUGAAGAGCUACCCAUAGCAGCUCAUAUUUUUGAAGGCCACCUGUAUAUCAAAGAUGAAAGAUCAAACAAAUGGCUAUGGAGGCUGUUUCGCUUUGACGGCACUUCCUUGACAUGCUUAUCGUCCAAAAAGAACAAGCUGCCGCCGCAUACAUUGCUGGAUAAACCAUACCACCACAGCCACAGCAUCUCAUCUCGUCCUGUCAGCUCAUUGACCCACUCGGCAUCCACGCAUUCAUUUACGUCGCCUAUAUUAGCGACACCCAAACACCGAGCGGAUAGAAUACUUGCAUCUUCUACAGUAUCAGCAUCAUACGACGACAAUAACAGCAGCAACAGGAAUUCUCAGCCCAUCUCUGCAAGCUACUAUCAAUUGCCAAAAUGGACAAUCGAGAUGACAAACAUUGCCUCCAUCUCAUUACUGAAACCAAAACAAAAGAAAUCAAAGCCAUUCAAGAUGCCCACUACCACCAAGCCGAAAUCAUUCACCAUUCGCACUUAUGACGGCGCUUGCUUCCUGCUCAAGGCAAAUAAGCAGCAUGAUCUCGAAAGGUGGAUAUUUGUGCUGGCAAAGAUGUGGAAGUUUGCUCAAGUUACUCGCCAAAUGCUGUAUAAUGGAGCAAGAGAUUCAAUUGUACCACAAUUGAAUCCGAACAACGCUAUCGCAUUAGCAGCAAUCGGCUCGGGUUCUACAAGUAAUUUAGCAUAUAAUGCCACUGAUCAAAUGACUACUAGUCCAAUCCAAGUAAGCCAGGAGCAGCCAUACCACUACAACAGCCACCACUUACCCAUGAACGCAUUACAGGCUAGCCAUGUUGGACAAUCGCAGAAGCAUCAUCAUGAUACCAUGCUUUCAGACGAAAAAGCCCUCUGGAUCGAGAAUUGGGUGAAAUCUCUGGCUGAAUUGGAGGCACAUACUCCUGCCGAAUCAUACAGCGAUGUGGUUGAUAUUGUCACCAAUACACCUGCUCAUAUCAACCCGUCAAAGAGGACUUCAUCUCACCACCAUUGCCAGCAAUCUCAUAUGGGUGACGAUGCGCAUUCUGUACAGAAACUGCCAUCAAACCGCGGUAAUCACAGUACGAAAAGUUUUCUCAAUGCAACCAAACCAAAACCUAAAGCUUGCCUUACUCGAUACCAUUCUGACUAUCAAAGUUAUUUUCAAGACACAAAAUCGGUGUAUACAAAUGAAACCACCAGAUCCAUCCAACAAGAACCAAAGCCAUCACUCAAAUACCACACUUCCGUGCGAGGAAAACCCAUCCGCAGCCAUACAACAGGGCACGACAUACCAAUGCCGUCCUCUGUUAUCAUUUCAAACACGCAUGAAUCAUUACAGCAUGGAUGCUCUCCAUUGGCACUACUCGAAUACAAGUACAGUCAAGGCGAGCAACAGCUACCCUCACCACCAACGACACCAGCUGCAUUUCAUGCCACAGGAUUGGAAAGUGACGAAGAUGUGUGUCUGGCAGAUGUCCGAAGAUCAUUGCAAAGCCUGGAGAUAAGCAAGAUGCAAGCAGAACAAAAUCUGAUUGCUAAGCGACAAUCAGCGUCAAUGAUGGUGAAUGCCUCCAGGAGACACAGCGAUUGGUAA